AGUAAUGAACCUGGAGAACUCUGCCACUGUAAGAUGGUCUGCAUCUACCGGGGGCACACGCGCGGCCCCCGUGUGCAGGAUGGGCCCUGCGCCGGCUGCCUCCGCGCGCGGUUGGUCGCCGACCUGUUCAGCUUCCAAAAUUUUUCGGGCAACGAAUGACGGAAGUGGCGCCGGCGCAUUUCGUCGCCCAAAGCUGUAGGCACUUUGAUCGCGUUGCGGGUUCCUGCUCACGCCGCCCGCCGGCGGCGCCACUGCGCGGCCUCGGGGUCUGCCCGGGCGCAGCGAAGCGGCAGAGGCCCGCCGGCGUACUAGUCGGCUCGCCCGUGCGUGCGGUGCACCAUCGGCGCAGCAGACCCGUCCUGCGGCCGGGGCCUUGGACAGGGGCGGCGGAAGCUCCAGCGCGGCGCGGCUCCGUGUUUCUUUUCUUUGUGGGCGCGCCGUCGUUCUGGCGCGGUGCGCACGCGAUUGCCGCGGCUAUCCGCAUAGCCGCCUAUCGCUUUCUCACCCAGGACAGCCGCCACCGUCCCGGGCCUCUGUGGCGCUCAGGCUGCGUGCAUUUCCUAGAAGAGUCUUGUGCUAAAUUAUUUCCCAGAAGCGUGAAGCCCUUCAGCUAUGGCGCCCCGGUGCCAGUUUCUUAUCAGCAACUGUUCGUCGGCGACAUUCUUUCGUGCAUUGAAGCGCCUGCAUCGUGGUCUCGUUGGCAAGCUUAG